GAUGUUCGGCGGAACGGACACAACGGUUACGACAUUGCAAUGGGCCAUGGCGGAGCUAGUGAGGACUCCUCGAGUGCUCGCUAGAGCCCAGGAGGAAGUCCGCCGAGUGGCAGCCGGAAAAAGCUACGUCGACGAGGAGGACCUCCCGAGGCUCAGCUACCUGCAGGCCAUCGUCAAGGAGAUCCUCCGACUCCACCCGGCCGCCCCCCUGAUGCUGCCCCACGAGUGCCAGCAGAGUUGCAAGGUCGCUGGCUACGACGUUCCCGCCGGCACUAGAAUCUACAUCAACGCGUGGAGCAUCGGGCGAGAUGCGAACCUAUGGGAUAAACCCGACGAGUUCCGGCCGGAGCGGUUUGAGGGCAGCUCCGUCAACUACCAGGGGCAGUGCUUCGAGCUGGUGCCGUUCGGCAGCGGCCGGAGGAUCUGUCCCGGGAUCUUGAUGGCAGAGUGGGUUAUCUGGCUUACACUGGCCAAUCUCUUACACGGCUUCGACUGGGCAUUGCCUGCGGGAGUGAGAAGGGAGGAUCUGGACAUGAGCGAGGUGUUUGGGCUCGUCGUUAGCAAGAAGGAGCCGCUCGUGCUGAUGGCAACUCCGGCGAAGUUACUUUAAUUGCAUUAUGGCGGAGGGGAAUGCUGAUGGCAACUCUGGCGAAGUUACUUUAGUUGUAUUA